CAGCACAUGACCCGGGCUGUGCUAGGGGAUGACCCCCACCUGAUGAAGGUCGCCCUUCAGGACUUGCAGACCAACUCGAAAAUUGCGGCCCUCCUGCCUUACUUUGUCUACGUCGUGAGCGGGGUCAAGUCAGUGAGCCACGACUUGGAGCAGCUGAAUCGCCUCCUGCAUGUGGCCAAGAGCCUCAUCCAAAACCCCUACCUGUGCCUGGGCUCCUACGUCAAGAGCCUCAUCGCCAGUGUCAUGUACUGUGUCCUGGAGCCCCUGGCCGCCUCUAUCAACCCCCUCAACGAUCACUGGACCCUCCGUGACUACGCUGCCAUGCUCCUCGGCCACAUCUUCUG